CAGGAGGCAUCCAGGCAACAUCAGGUGACCAGAGUUACUUCAGAAAAGAGAGAGAGAGAGAGAGAGAGAGAGCUAGAGAGAAAGUUUGUGUGAGAGAAAGUGAGAGCGAGAGGGAGGAAGCCAGCAGCGACCUCCUACCCAACAACCUCGGGAGCGAACCCAUAAAAUGAAUUCAGACUCCAGCCUGAGUAGCAGAUCCUCCUCUCCGGACAUGGACGUCAUGUCUCUCCGUGACCACCACCCUCUCCACCAUCACCACCUCCAUCACCUCGUCGGUUCCUCCGUGUCCUCCUCCACGCAGGGCGGUGAACGCCAGAAGAUUACCGGCGGGGAGCACGGCCUGCGCUCCGGAGACAAGUCAUCAUCUGAGGAGAGCAACAAGUAUAAGCUGAAGAAACAAGUCACCGAGGAGGAAAUGUAUCACCUGCGGCUCAAGAUUAACGGCCGGGAACGGAAACGAAUGCACGACCUUAACUUAGCCAUGGACGGCCUUCGCGAGGUGAUGCCGUACGCGCACGGGCCAUCGGUGCGCAAGUUGUCAAAGAUCGCCACGCUACUUCUGGCCAGGAACUACAUCCUGAUGCUCACGAGCUCCUUGGACGAGAUGAAGCGGCUCGUUGGGGAGAUUUACGGCGGGCAGCACUCGGCUUUCCAUUGCGGGACCGUGUCGCACCCAGGUGGGCCCGGUGGACACUCCGGGGGCCCCGCCGCCGCUGCUGCUGCCGCCGCCGCCGCCGCCGCUGCCGCCGCGCACCAGGUGCAUCCUCUGCUCGGCAGCGCGCUAACUUCCUCCCCCUCCUCAACUCUCACGAGCGCGCUGCCGGGACUCACGUCACUCCGGGCACCCCACUCUCUGAUGAAGAGCUCCCCGGCUGCGCCCCCGGCCCUGCAGCUGGGCUCCGGCUUCCAGCACUGGGCUGGAUUGCCGUGUCCCUGCACCAUCUGUCAGGUGCCCCCGCCUCCGCACAUCCCCAUCACCUCCGCCGGCCUCACGAGACUCACAAGCGACGGCAAGGACGGACUGAAAUGAUGCCCACAGACACACAGAGACUGAGAUGUGAUGAUGAUUGUAAAUAGAAAAUUCUGGGCAUGAGGGUGGAUUCGGCCUCACCCGUGCAUGCUGUUGUGUUGUAUGUUUUCUUGUUUGGCGUAUGAGAAAAACGUUUUAUUUUCCUCCUUGUAACAAGGACUUUAAAGACUGCUGAUGAAAAGUUAAGGCUGCGUGUCAUACAACAAGCUGCCACGAACCUCCUGUGUGUGUGUCUGAGUUUUAGUCCCACGAUGUGAAAGGUGAACGAGGCUGCAUGAACAUUUUUAAUUUGUAUUUUUCUUUAUCAGGCUUAUUUUGUGAAAACGAAGAAUGCUCUCUGUGCCUUGUACCAAGGAUUUUAAACUUGAGUUCUACAUGAAAAUAUGAAAUCUAUGUGUUUGGCUAAAAGGAUUCUGCUGCCACUGCGGACAUUUUUUUUUUGUAAAUUUUGU